UGAAGCUGAUGAGUGUAAAGUGACUCGAACCGCUGUUUGUUUGUAAGAGUUUGAGCUGUCAAGAGAAGUUUAACCCACUAAAAAACGGCCACAUAAUAAAAAAUGAACGAAAAAAAUUUUUCUGAAAAACUGGAGGCGUUUGGGACUUUGGGUGCCGGCACGACAAGCAAACCAGAAACGGUAAACUUGCCUUCAAUUUCGCCGCAAGAACGUGAGAUUGCCCAGGCCGCUCUCCAGGAUUUCAUUAAGGGCAAUUUCUCAGGCUGCUCGGAUCACCUCGUUAAACUGGAGCAAAUACGGCCCAAGGACAUGAAACUGCACGUCGACAAAGCAAUUGUGAAUUUCUGCAAUUCCAAUUUAAAAGAAUGUGAUGCCUUCACAAAGGCUCUGAAGGCUGUGGAGGAACAAGUAAAAGAGGAAGAGCAAGAUGUGUCCAGCUACAUCCACUACAACCUUGCCCUUGGUCUAUUUAAUUCAGGCCAAAUCAGUGAAGCUCAGAAACACUUGCUGAAAGUAUUUCAGUGUAUUGAAUCAUUAGACGAAGGGCUGGCCCAAAGAGUGUGCAUCCUGCUUGUCGAAGUUUUUCUUAACUUGAAUCAAGCGCAAAAAGCACUGGCUCUGCUUUCAUACACGGAAAAUCAACUGCUCAGCUCGUACUUCUCGCAAACUGGUGCCGGAUCGGAAAAGUCGCCUGUCAUUACCGCCAGCUUAAUCAAGCAUAAAAAGGAACCAACCACUAAGCUGCCUGUGGAGCCAACAACUCCACCUCUCCCGCCUGCGUUCGAAACCGAAUGGUUGAAGGCCAAACUGGCAGCUCUGAGGGCAAGAGCGAGUUUGCAGGCUCGCUUGUGGAGGACAAAUAAAAAAGACGUGAAAGCUCUGCUUGCCAUUAACAAGCAGCAGUUUAAUUCAACGGCCUUAAUGGCAAAGUCCUAUUUGGAUUUUCUCAGAGGACAGUACAACAAAGCAGCUCGUGUUUUGUCUUCUGUGACGCCACCAGAAGGACUAGAAUCCGGGGAUAACAUUCAAAUGAUGUGGUUCAACAAUCUUGGUUGCUGCCAUUUCAUGGGAGGCAGGAAUCUUUUGGCCACAAAUUACAUUUCUAGAGCAAUAGAGGAAUCAAACAAGAAGCACACAACCCCAGCAGCUGAAGUUUCGGCAAAGAUAGCAAAUGCCCAGAUGCUAAUGAACCUAGGAAUAGUGCUUUUGCAAUCAAACAAACCAGAAUCAGCGUUCCCACACUUGUUAAAAGCAGUGCGUGUUUUCCAUUCAAACCCAAGACUGUGGCUUCGAAUUGCAGAGUGUUGCAUUCAAAAUUUUGGCACGAAUAACGCUGAUUUCUAUGACCGAAGAAAUCCUGCAGACAAAAUUGUUGCGAACACAAUCCCGUCGGCAUCAAGCACAAAAAUCAUACUUAACAGCAGGGUUGGACCAAAAGUCGGCGUUGAAAAAUGUAGCAGUAGCCAGCCCAGCUUGAGCCUAGAGUUUGCGAACAUGUGCUUGAAAAACGCACUCGUUCUACUCGACUCAAACCAAAAUGGUCUUGUCGGAGCUAGCAAUUUUGGCUUCCUGAAACUUUCUGAUAUAUCCGAUAGCCCCUCAACACAGCAAAAUCAGACGGUUUCUGGAGUGUCAACUCUGCUGGAAACACUAAGCGGCCCAUCCAAUCUUCCACAGAGCGUUCCUUCAAUUCCACUGACAGAGUUGGAAGCCGACAGUUUGAGGAUUUCCAUUCUGGCUGCGAGCGCGUACACCAGCCUGUGUUUGGGCGAGCCCGUUCUGGCAGUGGAAUACGCCAGGAAACUGCUCACGUUGCCAACAGUGCCGGAAGGAAUGCGAUUCCUGGCGCAGUUGUACGCGGCCGAGGGAUUAAUCCAGCUAGAUCAGAUUUCCGAGGCCAUUGACUUGCUACAGCCGGAAACGGUGCUGGGAGACUUGAUUUGGGAAAUUCCUGAGGUGGUUGAACAUGAUAAGGAGUCGCCAAGCCCUGAAAAGAGGCCGACAGCUCCAUUCGAGCCUGCAUCGGAGCAAACUGCAAAGGCAACAAUUUUGUAUAAUUUGGCCGUCGCUUACGCAAUUAGAGGGAACUUUGACAAGGCUGCAGACACAAUUUCUUUGGUUUGGAAGUGCAAGAGUGAAAAUGGAAAAGUUCCUGUUCAUCUGAUGAUGCUCUCCAUCUAUGUCGAACUGCAACAGGGCCACAUGCUGAACGCCAGAAACCUUUUGAAUUUGCUUGGAAUUCCUCAGAGGGUGUGAAAUGUAUUACCUGGAAGAACUCUGUCAACAUAACCUAUCAAUUUGAUUUUCUAAAUUCCCGCUACCAAAUUUUACUGUUCAUUUUUCUCUUCUCGAGGAGUCUGUUGCAAAGAAGCAAAAUUGAUUUCCACUACGUAUUGGCCAUUAAAAGAGAUGACAAUUAUCACUA